AUGAGCUCGACAACGGACGAGAUUGAUCGCGCGAGGGCGGUGAUCGAGCGCUCAACGAGCAGCUCCGCAUCAGCAAACAAGGGCCAGCCCCUCGAUGAACCCGCGCGCCAUGUGCCAUGUGCCACUUCUAUCAUGAACUCCGCUCCCUCGUCCUCUCUUUCGCUCAACGGUCAACUGCCCUCGGUCAAUGGUAGCUCAGCCCUUUCCUCACCUCACCCCGACCACGACUACUCGUCGAGCCAUGAAUCAGCCCUCUUCUCCGCGCAUAACGGAUACACACAAGAUGGCUUUUUGUCACGUGCUCAUCGGGUACUGAGCGAGGCUCACACUGAGGCGGCUGCUGCCAGUGUACUGCACAGUUUAGAAGUGCUGAAGCAGGCCCUCAGGGAGGCUCGGCAGGUGGAUGAAAGACUAGCAUCGCACGAAGAGAAACGAACUGCCAUGUAUCAGCUUGGUCUUGCUCCCCGCAACCGGCUCCCGCCCCUCGAGAAGAUGGCCGGUAUGGGUCCUGAGCUGGCUACAAGAUUUCCGACAAUUCUUAGGCAACAGCAUGGAGAUCAGGCAAAGCGGUGGAGGGCUACAGCGGAUAACGGAUAUACAAUCAUACCCGAGGAUGAAUCUGUGAUUGUUGUAUCCAAGGACGACACAGGGCAUUUCCGCCUUGAGUUGGCCGUCAUCCGCAAUGUGCUUGGUGAUUCGGACUUCUCGGAGCACCUGUACCGCUGGCUUGCUGAAGUUGCAAGCUAUGCAUGCAGCGACCGGCGUGAUGUCCGUGUACGUGAUAAUGCUGUGCUCCUGUGA